CUCGCCUCGACAUGAUGUUUCGGAGGGCAUCAUUUGUUACGCACUUUGACCGGUUAUCCGUUUAUUGACCCGCUCGAGCCCCACUCGGCCAGUAAGCGCUCGUUCAUCCAUUCAUGAAGGGGAUUCCAGCGUGUUGUUAAAAAAAUGAACUGCAGUCAUUUAGUUGCCCUUCAAGCUUAGGACGUCUGCGUGUGAAUCAGAGGAGAGCGACGACACCCGCCGAGACAUGGCUCGCCUGCUUGUUUUGGUCAACUCCGUGGUCCUGUUGCUCUUUGGCAGCGACAUGUUCUUGGUAGGAGCGAACAGGCCACCAGCUCCCGUCAACGUGUCCGUCAUGCACCUGCGGGCCGACUCGGCAACUGUUUCCUGGGAGGUUCCAGAGGGGGAUAUAAUAAUUGGCUUCUCUAUCUCACAACAGAGGCAGGAAGGACAUAUGCAGCGAUUCAUUCGGGAAGUCAACACCACCAGCCGCUCUUGUGUCCUUUGGGACCUGGAGGAAGAGACAGACUACAUCAUCCAGGUCCAGUCAAUUGGCCUCUAUGGGGAAAGCCAAGCCAGCAAGAAAGUCCAUUUUCGCACCCUCAAGAAGUCAGACCGCUUCCCCUCCAACAGCUCCAAUCAAGAUGACCCCACUGUGCAGGGCCUGGACAAGUCCCGCCACCUACAGACAGGAGAGAUGAUCAUAAUUGUGGUGGUCUUGGUCAUGUGGGCAGCUGUUAUUGCCCUGUUCUGCCGGCAGUAUGACAUCAUCAAGGACAACGACUCCAGCAACAAUAAGGAGAAGGCCAAGCCGUCGUCCGAGCGGAGCACGCCGGAGCAUCACAGCGGAGGGCUGCUGAGGAGCAAGUUUCAUCCGUCUGUGCCAUCCAUCAACAUCAUUGAAGUUUGAGAAGAAGGAAGCCGAAGUUAAACUCCUCUCUCUCUUCCACCAUCGAUGCAUUUUCCACCUUUUUCACUGAUGAGGAAAAAAAAGUUUCCACGGGUCUUCAUCUGUGAAUAAGGCUGACUGAGGCUGUCUUACAAGAGACACACAUGCAUGCACACAGUAUUUGUAGGAAAACACUGAGCUACGGAUACACACUCCCAUCCACACACCCCUACAGUAUAUACACACACACACAAACACACACACGCGCACAGUACAGUACAUUAGCUACCAGAAACCUACUCCUGCAGGUCGACUAGAACAUAACUGAAUGUUAACCCGUGGUGCAGUUACAUUGAUGUCUUUGCCAGGUGCUUGGUAUGUUAUUGCAAUACAACACACACAAUAACACAAUACAACUGAUCAUCUCUGGGAGGCCUGUCUUCAUGACUUUAAAUACGCAACGUAUUUUUGAUAUCGGCAUGUGCACGCCCACCUGCUUUCAGCCCCGAAUAAACCAACAUUCUCCAUUAGAGGUAGUGUUAACAUAUCGUCUGACCACAAAUGUAUAUUACCUGAGUGCUGCGGGCAGAUUGUUAAUGAGGAGAGACAGCAAAUACAUGUGUCCAAAAUCCAUUUGUAAGAACCACCACAGCAACAUGUCUUAAUGUUUUCUAAUUAUUGAAUUUAAAAUAGCAUUUUCUGGGCAACAUUGUAUUUUUUCAUAUUUCAUACAUAACAAACAUGAUGUCUGUACAUAUUUCAUUCAUUUACUAAAUGAA